GCUUACCUCAAAAGUGGAAACUUGGGUGCAACGCCGCGGGGUAGGCAGGCAUUAAAUAAACACAAAAUAGGACAUUGUUAGCCAGGUUGGGCAGUUUAUAACAUCUGUAAUUUAAGCCACUGGUUUCUUACCCAGCAAUUUAAUAAAAUCAAAGGAUACACCGUACAAUAUUAUUACCAUGUCCUAUGAUCAUGAUCAUCAUGUGGAUAUUGAUAGCAAUACAAGUGUGAAUUUUAUGCCUCCAAAGGAACAACUGUGAAUGUUGGCUCUCAUUAGUGACGAUACAGGAUAAUGAACACUCAUGGUCUAUUAUAUCAGAUGGCAGAAGAGGGGAAGCACACGAAAGUGGGGAUUCCCAGUCAAGUCACUCCGCGUUCUUAGCCGCGUAGUUCCUACGCGUCCUACCCAAGCGAUAACAGCGGAUUUUGAGACUCUUCUCAUCGUACUUGUAUACCCUGUCUUUUCCCUCCCCCCUAAUUAUUUUGGAAUCUUAAUUGAUAAACACAAAAUCUGAUAGUUUGACAACAUAGUUGCUGCUGCUGCUGCCAUGACCUCCGACGCAGCGUCUCAAAUCUCUGUUGGCGCCUUGAGUGCCAUAUUUGAUGAGACAAAGCCUCAAAUUCGUGAACCUAUCGUUCAGUGUGUCCAGAUCAAGCCAUUGCCACCUCAGCAGAACAAUCAAGAGCGCUACAGAGCUGUUUUCAGUGAUAUAUCUAAUUAUGUCCAAACAAUGCUAGCAACUCAAGCCAAUCGAUUUGUUACAAGUGGACAGCUUCGAAAAGGAUGCUUUGUUAGGCUCAAGGCUUUCCAGGCAAACUCAGUAAAGGGGAAGAAGAUUUUGAUAAUCUUGGAUCUGGAGGUUCUGCAAGACUUGGGCGAGGCUGAGAAAAUCGGGGAGCCGAAACCCUUAGAAAAUAAGAUGGAAGAAGAUGAGAAAUCUCAGCCUACUACAAUAUCAAGCAACGGGUUCUACGGCUCGAAAAUUCAACCUGCGCCGAUGCAAGCGACCAGUAGACCAGCCCAACCACGGCCUGCAACCGCUUCACAUGCCACCAUUUACCCUAUCGAAGCUAUUUCUCCUUAUUCUCACAAAUGGACAAUCAAGGCACGAUGCACGAGCAAAUCAAAUAUAAGGACCUGGCAUAAUAGAAACGGAGAGGGCAAGCUCUUUAGCGUCAACCUUCUGGAUGAUAGUGGCGAGAUUCGUGCAACUGGAUUCAAUGAUCAGUGUGAUAUGCUCUACGACAUCUUCCAGGAGGGAAGCGUUUAUUAUAUCUCCAGUCCAUGCGGUGUUAAAAUUGCCAAAAAACAAUUCACCAAUCUGAGCAAUGACUAUGAACUUACAUUCGAAAGGGAUACGGUAGUUGAAAAGGCGGAAGAUCAAACCGAUGUUCCACAAAUUAGAUUCAGCUUUACUACUAUCGGUGACCUACAGUCUGUCGAGAAGGAUACCACUAUUGAUACAAUCGGGGUACUGAAAGAGGCAGGUGAGGUUUCUCAAAUUAUGUCAAAGACCACCAACAAGCCUUAUAGUAAGCGUGAGCUUACUUUGGUGGAUAACACGGGAUUCUCGGUUCGCCUAACUGUCUGGGGCUCAACUGCAUUGAAUUUCAAUGUGAUUCCCGAGUCUGUCAUAGCGUUCAAGGGAGUGAAAGUGUCGGACUUUGGAGGUAGGAGCUUGAGCUUGCUGAGUUCUGGCUCGAUGACCAUUGAUCCUGACAUCGAGGAGGCUCAUAAACUGAAAGGUUGGUACGAUGCUCAAGGCAGAGAUGAAACCUUCACCUCACACGCCUCGAUGCCUGGUGCAGCCACUCCAACAAAAACUGCACAGCACAAAACCGUAGCGCAGGUCAAAGAGGAGCAACUGGGCAUGUCAGACGAGGUUGCCUAUUUCUCGUUGAAGGCGACUGUCAUCUACAUCAAGCAAGAUACCAUGUGCUAUCCUGCCUGUCUUUCCGAAGGUUGCAACAAAAAAGUGACAGAGCUCGAUCCUGGCCAAUGGCGGUGCGAGCGUUGUGAUAAAACUCAUCCACGUCCAGAGUAUCGUUAUAUAAUGCUUAUCAGUGUUAGCGACCAUACGGGACAACUUUACCUCAGCUGUUUCGAUGAAGUGGGCAGAUCUAUGAUGGGCAUCACUGCGGAUCAACUGAUGGAGAUACGCCAGAAUGAUGAGAAGGCGGCUGGAGAUAUUUUCCAGGAGGCAAAUUGCCGAACCUGGAGUUUUAGAUGCCGGGCCAAGGUUGACAAUUUUGGCGAUCAGCAACGUAUUCGUUAUCAGAUUGUAUCCGCGAAACCAGUAAACUAUUCUGAGGAGGCAUCACGUCUUGUAGAUAUGAUUGACUCAUAUAGUGUUUCCUGAUGCUUGAAUCUCUUAGCAUGUGGUAGCUUAGGUAUGUUAGGUAUCGAUCACAAGCAAACAGAUUGUGUCCAGAACUUGUUUUGGUUUUGACUUCCAAACAAUGUGAUGAGUAUUUUUUAUGUGCUUUAUAAUGGAGUUUGAUAUUAGAAAACUACUUCUUGUCUGGACUAUUUCAAUUUAUAGCCUUGACUCUCG